AUGCUCGGCCAGGAAGGCCAGGCAGGUCAGGCGCUGGGGGCCGUUGCUGCCCCGCGGGCAACGACAACAGCUACCCAGCCCGCCCAGCCCGCCCAUGCCCCCCCUGCCGUUGCUGCCCACCCCGAUCUGCUAGACGCGCAGCAGCAGCAGCAGCACAUGCGCCCGCCUUUGCGUUCCACUGCUGACAGCAGCCCGACCUCUCCCUCAUUCGGGUUUGGCAGCAGCACCCGCGCUCGUGCCCGUGCCAGUGGUGGGAGCGGCAGCAUUGCCGCCAUUGGGCACUACCACUAUCCACAACAUCUUCCGACUCGCACCCAUCCUGCCUUACAACAUCAACCACCUCCGCCGCCGCAAACCACUGACGCUUCUUUGCAUCUGCCGCCACCCCUCCAAUCCUCUGCCGCUGGUGUUGCCGGCACUGGCGCUGGCAUUGGUUUCGGUUUCGGUUCAAACCAAAGAGCCGUGUCUGCUGCUGCAGCAGUGACAUCGGCUUCGGCUUCGACAAGCUCUUAUCCUCCUCCUCCUGCUGCUGCCCAGCCUCGCCCUUUCGAUAACCACGGCCCAACUGCAUCGUCCUCUCCCAACGCGCCCUCGGCCCGACCUCCACACUCUCUCUCCUCGCAUGCCCGCCACGGCCACGACGUCCCGCAUCGCAAACCACUCCCACAGCAUUCUCGCGCUUUGGCGCCCGCUGGCCUUCUCGAUCCGGCACUGAGCCCCUCACCCGCAUCCAAUUCAGGCCCAGGAUCGUGUCACAGUCCCAGCCAUCGAUCAAUGUUCGGCCUUCCCUCCAUUCCAACGUCCAACGACGACUUUGCUUCUUCUAUACCACACCUGAAUCCCACCCCGGACUCGACGCCCGCCCCGGCUGUCACCACCCCGGCCUCCUCUGCCUCGACUCCGAGCACCAAGGCGGCGACGAUGAGCCAACAGCCGCAGCAGCAGCCGCAGCAAUACGCUGCCUCCAACCGGCGCACAGUUGGGUACGACGAUCAGCAUCACAUGUCAGCACCAGGCCCCAGUGGGUAUCAGCACGGCCAGCUCUCUCCUCGCGAAUACUCAACCCCGAGCGCUGGCCCUCAGAUAAAGCUGGAUCAAACCGCAAGCAACCCACCCUCGUACCAGGGCACGCCUGCGGUUCCCAGCGUGCUACAGCCAGGUGGUCCCAUAGGCCGCCCCCAGGCAGGCGGUGCUAACACAGCUCCUACUCUGCCCACGAUGCAGUCCAUGCCCCCGCCGUCGACGACGCAGCAGCAGGACUAUCAGACACCCUCGAAACCUUCGUUGAACCUGUCCCACGGCUACUCGCGGUCAACCUCUGCCACGGGGGGCUAUGACGGACCGAAUCCCAGCUACUCGCCCUACACCCCAACAACGCCAGGAGGAUCGGUUGCCACCUCGUCGCAGUUCAUGUCCCCGACCGACCGAGGAUACAAUGCGCCAGGGUCCCAGAGGAACAUGUCGCACACGCCGCUUGGCUUGGCCGAUAUCAGGCCACGCGCCGACUCGACCCUGUCCGACGGCCUGCCCAGCGGUGCUGACUUUAACAUGCAGAAUGCUGCGCCGGGAACAAGCAACUACAUGGCGCCAUGGGCGACAUACGCGUUUGACUGGUGUAAAUGGGCGCCUCAGGGCAAUGGCGCUGGCAAGGUCGCCAUCGGAAGCUACCUCGAGGACGGUCAUAAUUUUAUUCAAAUUCUUGAUACCCAAAUCGUUCCAACUCCCUCGGAUGUUUACAAUACUCAUGGUGGCUCCAAAUGGACCAUGGAUUUCACCAGGGUCGCCGAGGCCACACAUUCAUACCCUGUCACCCGCCUUUUAUGGGAGCCCCCAUCCUCGACAAAACAGUCGACGGACCUCCUCGCCACGUCGGGAGACCAUCUGAGGCUAUGGUCUCUGCCAUCCGAUACCCCUUCGAAUCCCGGCAACUCGAUCACCGGCCGCGGUCGGGAGGUCGCCGCUACCAAGCUUACACCGCUCGCUCUGUUGUCCAACUCCAAGACCCCAGACCAUACUGCGCCACUGACCUCCCUUGACUGGAACACGGUCUCCCCGAGUCUCAUCAUCACCUCCAGUAUCGACACUACCUGUACCAUCUGGGACAUUCCGUCCUUGACGGCCAAGACCCAACUCAUCGCUCACGAUAAAGAAGUGUACGAUGUACGGUUUUGCGCAAACAGUGUUGACGUGUUUGUCAGCUGCGGCCAGGACGGUAGUGUGCGCAUGUUUGACCUGAGGAGCCUUGAGCAUAGUACCAUCAUCUACGAGCCUACCGGCAAGGAAGACCGAGUAGAUGCAAAUGGCGGCAAGAUGAGCCCAACGCUGGCUCAACAAACAAUGUCGAACCCACCUCCUCUCCUGCGGAUUGCCACCUCCCCACAUGACACCCAGCUGCUUGCGACAUUCGCGCAGGACUCGAAUGUGAUCCGCAUACUCGACACGCGGCAACCGGGCCAGGCACUGCUGGAACUGCGCGGCCACGGAGGUGCUGUCAACUGCAUAGACUGGUCGCCAACCCGGCGGGGCCAGCUCGCCUCGGGAGGUGACGACUGCCAGGUGUUGCUCUGGGAUUUGAUGAGCCAGCAGCAGACCAACGGCACCCCUGGGAGCGAUAGUGUCCGGAGCCCAGCUGCCAGCUGGCAGUGUGACUAUGAGGUGGGCAACCUCGGGUGGGUGCCUCGAGUACCAAGUGAUGAGGCUGGUGAGUGGCUAGGGGUCAGUGCAGGCCGAGGUAUUUGGGGUGUAAGGAUGUGAGAUUGUACUGUUGUUGCCUGUGGGAAAGAGCAUGUGCCCCGUGGUGAGCGGGGAAGACUUCCUUCGAACAGAGGGUCUGCAUCAUCAACCAAAUUUGAAAGAGGAAGACAAGACAAAGAGGAGCAACAUAAAAAGCCAUUGCUUGCCUAUCCACAUUAGAAUCUGGGUGACCAACUGGUUGAUACCUACCUGUUCAUCUAUUAUUACCUUGGAGGGCCAACUUGCUUCGCUUGUGAAGCUGCACAUCAGGUCUUGAUGGCAAAGCAUGGCGUUUCUGUAUUUAUGAGGUGUGACAAGUAUGAGUUGGUGGGCAGCAAUAGCUAGCAUGGGGGCUCAUGGGAGAAGCUGGGCAAGUUGGUGUAAUGUGAGGCCAUGAUCCCUAAA